ACAGAGGUUGUGGUUGCAACGCACGACGGAAGGUCACGUGGAAAGCAAUCUUUUUCAUGUGAGGCCUAACAGUUUGGUGGUAUUCCUUCGCGUUGAAAAAAAGAUCUUGUUUACUGUAGUAUUAAGCGCUGACAGGACUUAACAAGGAAAAUACCUAUUAAACAUUGAACUUGAUUUGAGUAUUAAUCAGCGCAAAGGAUUACCGUUGGCAACGCGUGUGUUUGCUUAUCUCGGGUUGAUACCUGAGAAGACAUGUCUUUUCCACCUCACAUAAAUCGCCCCCCCAUGGGAAUUCCUACUCUUCCUCCUGGGAUACCACCACCACAGUUUGCUGCUUUCCCACCCCCUGUACCUCCUGGAACACCAAUGAUAUCUGUACCAAUGGGCAUCAUGGCUCCUGCCCCAGCUGUAAGUACUGGUGUACAGUUUCAUUGUCCUAAAAUGGUUGAGGUGUUUUCAGGCUUAAAAGUUUUAGUACAUACCGCUAUGCCUGUGGUUGCUAAACCCUUGCCACCUAGGAAGGAGAAUUUAGGAGCAAAGAACAAAGAGAAUGAUGACAGUAGUGGUCCCACCACCACAGUGUUUGUUGGAAACAUUUCAGACAAGGCGGCAGACAUGCUUAUUCGGCAGCUUUUGGCAAAAUGCGGUUUGGUGUUGAGCUGGAAACGGGUUCAAGGUGCAUCUGGAAAACUUCAAGCAUUUGGAUUCUGUGAGUAUAGGGAACCAGAAUCUACACUGAGAGCACUGCGUCUGCUUCAUGACCUUCAAGUUGGAGAUAAAAAGCUGCUUGUUAAAGUGGAUGCAAAGACCAAGGCACAGUUGGAUGAGUGGAAGGCAAAGAAGAAGGCUGCAAAUGGGAAUUCAAAACCAGAGUCUACCACAGAGGAAGAGGACGAAGAUCUGGAUGAAGAAACAAAAAGAAGAGAUUCCUUAAUUAAAAGCUCUAUUGAGAGUUUAAUCAGAGAGUAUUCAAGUGAACUUAAUGCUCCAUCUUUAGAGUCUGAUAACCACUUGAAAAAAAGAAAAAAGGACAGGAAAGAGGAAACGGAUAAUGUUGUCAUCAAAGUAAAAGAGGAUAUAAAUGCCAUUGAUAUGGAAGAUGAUAAACGGGACCUUAUAUCACGUGAGAUCAGUAAAUUCCGAGACACGCACAAGAAACUUGAAGAAGAGAAGGGCAAAAAAGAAAAGGAGAGACAAGAAAUUGAGAGGGAUAGAAGAGAACGAGAAAGGGAAAGGGAACGAGAACGGGAGAGACGUGAAAGGGAAAGAGAGAGAGAACGUGAACGUGAGAAGGAGAAAGAACGUGAGCGUGAACGUGAGCGUGAGAGAGAUCGGGAACGGAACAAGGAAAAGGAACGCGAACGGGAGCGAGAGAGAGAACGGGAGAGGGAAAAAGAGAGAACUCGCAGCAGAGACAGGAGCAAAGAUCGAAGUAGAUCAAGAGAGAAGAGCAGAGACCGUGAAAGAGAAAAAGAGAGAAAGAAAGAGCUUGAAGAUGAGGAGGAUGCCUAUGAACGUCGAAAGCUAGAACGUAAACUCCGUGAAAAAGAAGCAGCCUACCAGGAGCGUCUUAAGAACUGGGAGAUCAGAGAACGGAAAAAAACAAGGGAGUAUGAAAACCUGUCUGCAAGAGAUGAAGAAAGGAGACGGGAAACGGCAAAAGAGGGUAAAAGGCUUAAAGAGUUUCUGGAAGACUAUGACGAUGAUCGGGAUGAUCCAAAGUAUUACAGGGGUAGUGCUUUGCAGAAGAGGCUCAGAGACCGAGAGAAGGAGAUCGAGAUGGAUGAGAGGGACAGAAAGAGAGAGAAAGAAGAACUGGAAGAGAUUAGGCAGCGAUUGCUGGCAGAAGGUCAUCCAGACCCAGACGCAGAGCUGCAACGGCUAGAGCAAGAGGCGGAAAGGCGACUCCAGCCACCACCUUUGAAACCACAUCAUGAGUCAGAAGAGGAGGAAGAAAAAGUGGAAAAAGAAGAAAGAAAAGAGCCUGAAGAAGAGGAGGAAGAGGAGGAGGAGGAGGAAGAAGAGGAGGAGGUAGUUACAGUACCAGAAACCAAACCCUGCCUUAAACCCACCAUGCGACCCAUCACUUCUGCACCUUCUGUCUCUUCUGCAAGUGGAAACGCUACACCCAACACACCUGGUGAUGAAUCUCCUGGUGGUAUUAUCAUUCCACAUGAGAACUCACCAGAGCAACAGCAGCCAGAGGAACAACGGCCAAAGAUUGGGCUGAGUCUCAAGCUAGGUACCACCAGUAGUCCAAGCCAGCCAAAUGCUGCAAAAAGGAAAAAGCUGCCAGUGGACAGUGUAUUCAAUAAAUUUGAGGAUGAGGACAGUGAUGAGGUACCCAAAAAGAGAAAAUUGGUUCCGUUGGACUAUGGGGAGGAUGAUAAGGGAGCUCCCAAAGGCAGUGUUAACACCGAAGAAAAACGUAAACACAUAAAAAGUCUUAUUGAGAAAAUUCCAACAGCUAAACCUGAACUCUUUGCUUAUCCUCUGGACUGGUCAAUUGUAGACUCGACGCUUAUGGAUCGAAGAAUUAGGCCUUGGAUUAACAAAAAGAUCAUAGAAUAUAUUGGUGAAGAAGAAGCCACACUAGUAGACUUUGUCUGUUCAAAGGUUAUGGCUCACAGUUCACCACAGAGUAUUUUAGAUGACGUUGCCAUGGUACUAGAUGAAGAAGCAGAAGUUUUUAUAGUCAAAAUGUGGAGACUGUUAAUAUAUGAAACUGAAGCUAAGAAGAUUGGGCUUGUGAAAUAACCAUUCUGAAGAGUUCGUUUUGGAAUUCUAUGAAGAACUGUAUACAUUUCUUGUCCCAAGAGACACUUGUGAAACCUGUAUUUUUUUAAUUGUAGGAACGGUAUUUUUUGUCCAUACCCUGGUUGUAGAUUUAUUAUCAACAUUGGUUCUGUUUUAACAUCCAAGACCCAGUUCACAAUAUAUUUUUAACAGUCCAUGGCUGCUGUACAUUUCUCCAUUUUUGGAGCCUUCAUUCUGCUAAUGGAGCUUUGUUUUGUUAUUUUUGUAUAUAUUAAAUAUACCACUGUCCAAUUGUAA